GGCGACAGACAAUAGAGAAAAAAAAGUCUCUUUUAACACAAAUAAGUGACCUGACAAUCACGUGAUCUCUCUUUUUCUCUUCCACUCUACUACUCUACUAACCAGUCUUUGAUUCUUGAAAAACCCCAUGUUGUUCUUUCCUCCUUUUAAGAUUUCUUCCUUCAAAAUCCACGCGCUUACUUUGUAGUUGUCUGGUUUCUUGAAAUUGAUUUUUUUUCAUUGUUUCUUCACUUCCCAUUUGUUCUUUCUACCAAAGUUGAAACCUUUGUUGGAGUUCUUGAAACCCCUUUUCACUUCCAAGAUCUCCUUCUGUAGUUGAAGGAAAAUGGGAUUUAUUUCACGGAAGUUAUUCCCAGCAUGUGGGAACAUGUGCAUUUGCUGUCCUGCUAUGAGGUCUCGAUCUCGACAACCCGUUAAGCGAUACAAGAAAUUGCUAGCUGAAAUCUUCCCCAAAUCACCAGAUGGCUUGCCUAAUGAAAGGAAAAUAGUGAGAUUAUGUGAAUAUGCAGCGAAAAAUCCUUUCAGAAUCCCAAAGAUUGCAAAGUAUCUUGAAGAAAGAUGCUACAAAGAGCUGCGAAGUGAGCACAUCAAGUUUAUCAAUGUUAUUGCUGAGGUGUACAAUAAGUUGCUUUGCAUGUGCAAGGAGCAAAUGGCAUACUUUGCUGCUAGCCUAUUAGACAUGGUUGUUGAACUGCUGGAUGACUCUAAGAAAGAUGCUAUCAGGAUUACUGGUUGCCAGACCCUGACCAGGUUUAUUUAUAGUCAGGUAGAUGGAACAUACACAUAUAACAUAGAAACUUUGGUUCCCAAAGUAUGUUCAUUGGCACGGGAGACUGGUGAAGAACAUGAAAAACGCAGCUUGAGGGCAUCAAGUUUGCAAUGUCUUUCUGCCAUGGUUUGGUUCAUGGCUGAGGUCUCUCAUAUAUUUGUUGAUUUUGACGAGAUUGUUCAUGUGACUCUGGAUAACUAUGAGCCUGAAAUGCAUAAUGAGGACUUUGAACGAGGGGAGGCACACCACAAUUGGGUGGAUGAAGUUGUUAGAUCUGAAGGAAGAGCUGUUGGUAGUGAAUUCGGUCCUUGCCAAAUUAGACCCAGACCUGAUAAGAAAGAUCCAUCUUCAUUAACAAGAGAAGAAAUCGAAACACCAAAAGUAUGGGCUCAAAUUUGUCUUGAAAGGAUGGCUGACCUGGCCGAAGAGAGCAGUACAAUGCGUAGGGUGUUAGAGCCAAUGUUUGUCCAUUUUGACCAUGGGAGGCAGCACUGGGUUUCUCCACAUGGAUUGGCUGUGAUGGUUCUCUCCGAUAUGAUCUACUUUGUUGAAAGUUCAGGGAAUCAACAGUUGAUUUUAACCGGUGUAAUUCGUCAUUUAGACCACAAGAAUGUGGCACAUGAUCCUCAAAUGAAGUCUUAUGUCAUCCAAACUGCUACUGCUUUGGCUCGACUCAUUAGAUUGGAAGCUAGUCUCUCAGAUGUACGAUUUGUCGGUGACCUGUGCAGACAUUUGCGUAAGAGCCUUCAAGCAACUGUCGAAUCAGUUCAAGAGCAAGAGCUUACCUUCAACCUUGCACUUCAAACAUCUAUCCAAGAAUGCUUCCUAGAAACCGCUAAAGGGAUUGUUGAUGCACGACCACUGUUUGAUAUGAUGGCAAUGAUGCUGGAGAAGUUGCCCUCUCUUAAAGUGGUUGCCAGGGCUACAAUGGGAUCCUUGAUCAUUCUUGCUCAUAUGAUCUCAUUAGCAUCUGUUGUUUCACGAUGUCAGCAGGUAUUCUCUGAGGAGCUGUUUGUUCAGCUACUGAAAGUGACAUUGCAUCCAGACGUUGAAAUACGGAUUGGAGGACACCACAUCUUUUCUGUUCUCCUAAUCCCAAGUUCUAACCAUAUUAGACAUGACAUAGCCAACCACACAAGGAGAUGGAAUGCAAACGGCUCAUCUACAUUUGUGUCAAUUACUUCAUUACUUGAUAAGCUUCGAAAGGGAAAGGAUGGAAUUAAGUUGAAGGAAGGACAUGUUAUUCAAGAUGAUUUGAAGGCGAGAGACAAUGUUGAUGAGGAAUACAAGCAGGGUUGGACCGUAAACAAUUCACCGAAGUUUAAAAAAUUUAGUUCUAUGAUUGAUUGUACAGCCGUAUCUGUUGGUAGCUUGAAUGAGGGUGAACCAUACAUUCUGAAGCUAAACAAGGAUCAAAUUGUCCAGUUGCUGUCAGCCCUCUGGCUACAAGCCAACAUGCCAGAUAAUUUACCUGCAAAUGUUGAAGCUAUAGUUCAGUCAUUUUGCUUGACACUUAUUUCUUCACGUGUUAAGAAAACCAACAAUAAUUUACUGAUACGCUUUUGUCAGCUUCCUCUAUCACUUAUGAAGUUAUCCCUAGACCCUAAUAAUGGAUUGUUUCCUCCAGCAUACCAGCGUUCGCUUCUUGUGUUAUCAGCUGCCAUGUUAGCAUUUUUGGCGAAGAUUUAUCAGAUAACUGACCUAAGUAUUAUACUUGAAACAUUGCGGGAUUUUGGUGUUGAUCCUUUUCUGGGUAUCAAUGAUGGUUAUCAAGUGUACCUGAAGCCUCAUGUAGAUGUGAGAAAAUAUGGUUCUGCAGCAGAUAACGAAGCAGCUGUAUCAUCACUAUCAGAAUUGCGGAACAAAAUUCAAGAGUGUCAUGAGAUAAUAAAGGACAUCUUAGUUAAAAGUUUGUCUAGCAUUGCAGAGGUUAAGGCAGAUGACAUAUUCAAGCAGCUGUCGGAGGAUUUCACACCUGAUGAUACUUUCAUCUUUUAUCUAAAAUCAAUGGUUGGAAUGGAUCACGUCCAAAUAGGAUCACACUCCAGAUAUUCACCUUCGUUUGAUGAGGAAUGUUAUCCAAAUUCGUUUGUAGAGGAUGACAAAGUAAGUGAAUCAUCAAUUGCUGACAUCACCAGAUUCGUUCCCAGAAUUCCUAUGUCUCCAUCUCCUUCGAUGUCUCAUGUUGUGAGCAUUGGACAGCUUCUUGAAUCGGCACUCGAGGUGGCUGGUCAAGUAGCUGGUUCAUCUGUUUCAACUUCACCACUUCCAUAUGACACCAUCACUAGUCAAUGUGAAUCUCUUGGCACAGACUCGAGAAAGAAACUCUCUAAUUGGUUAGCUCAUGAAAAUCAUUGUUCAAAAGCAGCUGGUAUGGUGUAUCCUGCCUUCCCCGCAAAUGGGCCAUCUGCACUUGCUAAGAUACUUCAAGAAGAUGGACCUGCUAAAGGACCUCCGUUAUCAAAUGAAUCAUGGCUAGCACUGAGGCUACCUCCUGCAAGUCCUUUUGAUAACUUCCUCAGAGCUGCUAGAGGUUAGAUCGAUGCACGCAAUGCAACUGCACCUUAGUUUGUAAAUGACAUCACAUUGAGCUAGUGAUCGACUAGUAGGUUUAGCUAACCCUUUUGCUUUAAUUCCAACUCUGGAGCUGUCAUGCCCCAACUUAUCAAGUGUUUGUAUUUCUAAGGUGUGUGUUUGUUGUAGCAUUGUUGUAAAGUGCAGUAUUACUAAGCUGUAUUUAAUUCUAACUUGUGUUAGUCGUCUGUAUCUAGGCUUGCUUUACAACUCCAGCUCCUCUGAUCAUUUCAAAUCUCUCUUUACAA